AUGGGCUGGGACAAGGCCGGGUUCGCGCACCCAGGACUGUGGGUCCCCGUGCUGGCCGUCCUCCUGGCAGGAGCCUGCCAGGCGCACCCCAUCCCUGACUCCAGCCCCCUCCUCCAAUUCGGGAACCAAGUUCGGCAGCGGUAUCUCUACACAGAUGAUGACCAGGAGAUGGAAGCCCACCUGGAGAUCAGGGCAGACGGCACAGUGGUGGGGGUAGCCCGCCGGAGCCCCGAAAGUCUCUUGGAACUGAAAGCCCUGAAGCCUGGGGUCAUUCAAAUCUUGGGAGUCAAGACAUCCAGGUUCCUGUGCCAGAGGCCAGAUGGGGCCCUGUAUGGAUCGCUCUACUUUGACCCCAAGACCUGCAGCUUCCGGGAGCUGCUUCUUGAAGACGGAUACAACGUUUACCAGUCCGAGACCCUCGGCCUUCCACUGCACCUGCCCCCCCACCAUUCCCCACACCAGGACCCAACCCUCCGGGGACCAGCCCGCUUCCUCCCACUGCCAGGCCGACCCCCCUCUGCGCCAGAUCCACCGGGGAUCCUGGCCCCCGAGCCCCCCGAUGUGGGCUCCUCGGACCCUCUGAGCCUGGUGGGGUCUUCACAGGGCCAAAGCCCCAGCUAUGCUUCCUGA